UUCCCCGUAGAACAGCACCACACAUUACACCAACAUCACAACCGUACGCUGUAGUUUGAUAGCUGAUAACGUUAGCCGCUGAAUAGAAGGGCCAUGUCGGUGGUUUUUGUGCCGAAGAGACUACGAGGAACGGCUACAAUCAACCAAGAAACCAUACAGAGAUUGCUGGAGGAGAACGACCAGCUGAUCCGCUGCAUCGCAGAGUACCAGCAGAAGGGGAGAGCGGUGGAGUGUGUUCAAUACCAACAGAUUCUGCAUCGCAACAUCGUCUAUCUGGCCACCAUCGCAGACGCUAGUCCCGACAUCCCGAUGGAAGCUGUGAAUCCUAACGGUGGAGCGGCUCCGUCGGCGACCCCCGCCAACAAAGUGAUGGAAAGCUGAUGGACUUCUGACACACUGGCGUGUUGAUUUGAAGACGGACUAUUUUUCUAGGAUUGUUUUGUACAUUUGUGGACAAAGCCAAGUUUUGUUCUGAAUCGGAUGGUACUUGUGAAAAAUGACCAUUAAAUGGUUGGUAUAAUGGAAAACCAUUUGCUCUGAAUUCCUCAGUACGAAUCACCAGCUGUGAAAGUGCUAAUGUAAAUACUUUUUUUAGUUUUAACAUUAAAAUGUUAUUUUAAAUUAUUUUGUCUUUGUCUAAACGUUGAAUCAUUUGUUAUAUUAUAAAGGAUUCACUAGAGGCUAUUCAUGUAGGAUCAACAUUGCAGUCAUAAAUGACCACUGUCAAAACCAACUCAGACACAAAGGCAUCGUAGACAGAACAUCCUAGGUGACGUGGUUCAGUAUUCCGAUCUUGGCAUGUAGUUACAAUAUGAAAUAGGCCUAUAGAUGGCGAGCAAGGCAAUACGUUGGCUGUAUCCUCAGGUUCAUUUUCCUUAAAGGGGUGAUGUUGUGCCACCAGGUGUGAGCGAUUAGCCAUUACAAGCCUUAAACAAGUGGGAGUGUCCACCUGUGUGUAUGAUGGAUAGAUAAGCAACAUUUGCCACAGUCCAGUUGGUAGACUGAUAGUCCAGGGUACGAAAGCCAAUGGAGAAUCCCACUUGAGACGUCACAAAAACACAGGAAAGGGCACUUUCAAACGGCUUGUAAUGGUUAAUUACUCACACCUGGUUGCAUAUCCCCCCUUUUACAUGAAACCUAUAAUUCUCUGAAAACUUUAAGACCAAGGAUGUGUGGAUGGGCUGUAAUACGUUGAAUAAUGCUUAAGUGCAAGGUUUACAUUUCUAGCAUCAGCUGAUAAAAAUAACCCUUGCAUUACCAGUUAAACUUAAAAUAUGUUUCACAGCUUAAUAUUCAUUUGUAUAUAGUGAAACGUUCGAGCACUUGGCAACGAACCAUUUCAGGUAAGUAUGCAAAUAAUGGCCAUGGAUCAAGCCACCAACAUCAUUUAUUUCCACUCCGUAAAUGCAAAGAAUUCAAUUAAGCAAUUAGUUACACAAAUACUAAAAAAUACCUGUUAUAUCAGACAAAAUAUAGGAACUCUGAAGGGCCUGGUGUUAAAGAUACAAAGGUAGUGUCAUUGUGCCAAAGGACAGUGGGUUGGUUCUGGAGUACAAUAUCUAUAAGACAGAAGAGGCUAUUUUAAUUGCUAGUUUUUUUUAUUAAUUUUCUUUUUUGCAUUGCUGGUACACUUGGAAAGAUUCGGUUGCCAGCUCAAAAGAACAGUAAGCAACGUAAGCCAAGCAGCCCCCCUUCAUACCAUCGAUCAGGGCAACACGUUUUUUUUAGAAGCCACUAGUAAACCAUUUGACACAGCUGAGAAAUGCUAACCGUUACAGUCCAAAGGUCUUUAAUUAAUAUCUCUAAAAAGGCUGCAACAGGUUGGGAGUUAACACAGACAAAAAAGCAACAAACCCUAUAUUUUGAUUGUGCAAAGCACAUUAACUAUAAAAAGAUAUAUAUUUAUAUGUAUAUACAGCAAACAAUUCUCUGUAAACAUGGUAAGUAUGUUAGUUUUUCGGAAAACAUGGUGUCAUCUCAUAAAUACAGGCAACAUUGGCAUCCGCAAAGAUCACAAAAGGGUAACAUUCUGGGCCUGUGAACACAGUCCAUCGCCAUAGAAACCAAGGAGGACGAGGGUUUGAAAACAGCCCCCGU